AAUGUACUUCCGCAAAUGGAGGGUGCGGCUACACCCGAACAGAAACAGAAACAGUUAUUGUCAUUAGUCAUUAUCGAGGGAGCGAUGGCAGACAAAGUGCUCAGAAGGGAAACCUUAACAUGUCCGAUCUGUUUGGAUUUACUGAAGAAUCCGGUGGCUGUUCCCUGUGGACACAGCUUCUGUAAGAGCUGCAUUCAGAAAUGCUGGCCUGAAGAGCGGGAGAGACACUGUUGCCCACAGUGCCGAAAGAGAUACAGAACUAGGCCCGUCCUGAAGAAAAAUAUUAUGUUGGCUGAUUUAGUGGAGCAGUUGAGGACAGCGCCCCCUGCUGACCACUGCGCUGGGCCCCAGGACGUGGCGUGUGAUGUGUGCUCUGGAGAGAGGAAGCUGAAGGCCAUCAAGUCUUGUCUACAGUGUGUGGUCUCUUACUGUGAGGUGCACCUCCAGCCUCACCACACUGUGGCAAUGCUGCAGAGGCACCAGCUGGUGGCGCCGUCACACAAACUCCAGGAAAACAUCUGCCAGGAACACAACAAAGUGAUGGAGUUGUUCUGCCGCACAGACCAGCAGCUCCUCUGCUUCCUCUGCUCUGUGGACCAUCACAAGGGUCACGACGUAGUGUCCUGUGCAGCAGAGAGGGCUCGGAGACAGGCAGAGCAGGACGCCAAGAAGGACCGGCUCCUUCAGGGCCUCCAGGACAAAGAUGCAGACCUCCAGACGCUCCAACAGGAGGCCCAGGACAUCAGCAGCUCUGCACAGAGAGCUGUGCAGCGCAGCGGGGACAUGUUCAGAGAGAUAGCUCUUCUCCUGAACAAAAGACGCUCUGAAGUGGAGCAGCAGAUUCUGACUCAGGAGAAAAUCCAACUGAGAGUCCAAGAGCUCCAGGACCAGCUGCAGCAGGAGGCCACAGAGCUGAGGAAGAGCCUCUCAGAGCUGGAGGAACUGUCCAACAACCUGGAUCACAACCAGUUUAUCCUGCAGUGCCUCUCACUGCCCACAGAGAGGACAGGGACCAGGGUCCAGACAGGACAUCGAUGCAUCUUUGAGAACAUACCUAGAUCUGUGAUAGCACUCACAGAGAAACUGCAGCUUGUGUUAAGGCAGUUUAAACUGGCAGGAUCUGAGGAAGCUACUAGCUCACUGCCUCCAUCUAUGCCCACCACCAGGCUGGACCACUUGUUGCCUUUCAGAAAACCGACUGAAAUGGACCCAAAAACUGCAAAUUCUCUGCUGUGUCUGUCAGAGGAAAACAGUAGAAGAGUAACAUUUGUGAGGGAACCAGUGCAGUACCAGGAUGAUCCAGAGCGAUUCACAUACUGGGGUCAGGUUACGAGCACAUGUGGGACGACUGAGCGCUCCUACUGGGAGGUGGAUGUGAGUGAGGCCAAGUGGGUGUGUGUAGCUGUUACAUACAAAGACAUCGAGAGAGACGGGAGUGCUGUUAGCUGUGCAUUUGGAUGGAAUGACAAAUCCUGGGCUUUAAGGCGGGAGAACAAUAAAUAUACAUUUUGUCAUAACUCGGUCCAGACCGAAGUCACAGGUCAAACAUCGUCUCUAAUUGGGGUUUACCUGGACCACUGUGCAGGGACACUCUGCUUUUACAGUGUGUCUGAAACAGAUCACACGAUGAACCUGCUCCACACAGUCCACACCAGCUUCACUCAGCCCCUGUACGCUGGAGUAGGGCUUAACACUUGUGGAGAUACAGUAAUUAUAAAUCCUGCUUUUAUUAGUACAAAUCCGCUCAUGUUUACUAUGGAAGAAAGAGAAAAAGAAGAAGAGGAAGACUACAAUUUGACUGAUUUGUGAACUCAAAUCCACAAACUGGAAAUGUGUUUCAGUAAAUUUGUGCCAGUGUAUCUAUCACAAGUCGUCCUAGGUCAGAACUAAACAUAAUAGAGACUGUCAUAAGAGGCCUGCACAGUAAAAUUCACAGAUUUUCUGGUUUACAACUUUGACAAAGGCUGAAAUUAAGUUUGGGCCAACCAGAAUCUGCUGUUUUAUUUGAACACUAUUGGAGCUAUCUGUCUUGAUUUAUUUAUGUUCAAUUAAAAUCUAGACUAUGUUUUUGCGAGGUUUAUAUACAUAUUUUUUGCUAAGGUAAAAUUGUGGUUAUUGUCUUUAUUUAGCAUAGAUUUAUUAUUCAGUGUUUACAUUAUUUCUGCUAAUUUAAUUUGGUAAUUGUCAGAUUUUACCAUGUCUUGGGUCACAGGGUUUAUUUGCAUUUAAGAAGGUGAAGGUGGAAAACUGCAGCUGUAACAGAAAAUCUACUUGUGAGUUUGCUCCAUGUUUGUGAAUAAAUCAGCUCAAAAACA